UCCGCACUCCGCUUCCUCGUCCUGACGUCCCCCUCCCGUCCGGAAAGCUGCCCAGCCACCAGCAACCCCCCAGUGCCACCAUGGCAACUGCACCAUACAACUACUCUUACAUCUUUAAGUAUAUUAUUAUUGGGGAUAUGGGAGUAGGAAAAUCUUGCUUGCUUCACCAAUUUACAGAAAAAAAAUUUAUGGCUGACUGCCCUCACACAAUUGGUGUUGAGUUUGGUACAAGAAUAAUUGAAGUUAGUGGCCAAAAAAUCAAACUGCAGAUUUGGGAUACAGCAGGACAGGAGCGGUUCCGAGCUGUCACACGGAGCUACUAUAGAGGAGCCGCGGGUGCACUCAUGGUGUAUGACAUCACCAGAAGAAGUACAUAUAACCACUUAAGCAGCUGGUUGACAGAUGCAAGGAAUCUCACCAAUCCAAAUACUGUAAUAAUUCUCAUAGGAAAUAAAGCAGAUUUGGAAGCACAGAGAGAUGUUACCUAUGAAGAAGCCAAACAGUUUGCCGAAGAAAACGGCUUAUUGUUCCUUGAAGCAAGUGCAAAAACGGGAGAGAAUGUAGAAGAUGCUUUUCUUGAGGCUGCCAAGAAAAUCUAUCAGAAUAUUCAGGAUGGAAGCCUGGAUCUGAAUGCUGCCGAGUCUGGUGUACAACACAAACCCUCAGCCCCACAGGGAGGACGGCUAACCAGUGAACCCCAACCCCAGAGAGAAGGCUGUGGCUGCUAGUGACCUCUUUGCUCUGGCCCUCAUUUGACCUUUCACAUCUGUCUGUUGGAAGCAGUACUUUUUACUGCCUCCUUGUCUUCUGUACAUCUUACUGGGUUUAAUUAAAAAAAGAAAAAACAACUCUUGUAAAAACAGUUUAACAAUACUAAACUGCUAAACAACUAGUUGUAAUCAGGUUCUCAAAGGCAAGUAGAGUAAUAAAUCUCUCCUGCAUGGUAAAUCUAGACUUUCCCCCUUUGAUUGUCCUCGUGAUAGGUUUGUCACCAAUAUGAUUUAAACUGAGCACUGAUGCGGGACUCGAUUUUUACCUUCCCUUUUGGCAAGGCUUUGUCUCACUGUACGGUUUAAAUUUGAUCUCUUCAGCUUUUUCCCAUCUUUAAACUGUUAAAGUAUGUCUGUUGUAGCCAGAAAGUUCAUUGCUGUGAAAUGACUUCCAAUGGCAGAGAAAAGGGAGUCUGUAACUGCUUGUUUUUGUUGGAUAAAUUCCCUGUUGUAGGGGUGGCAUUUUUCUUGAUGCGGUUUGCUUCUGUCUUAGCCUUGCACAGGGAAAAAUACCCAUUUAUCUUUUCUUGUGCUUAAUUAAUAGCUUUAUCUUUUUUUUUUUACACCAUUUUAUCCUUUUCUCUUUAACAGAACGUAAAUAUGUAUAAAAUUUGAAGGAACCUAACAAUAUCUUCUGUGUAUAUUAUUUUAAUGAAGAAAAUAAAUUGAUUACUGGCAUUGAAACAGUAUAAAAUACCAGUUUGUACAGUGUGACCUAUAUGUGACCAUGUUACUCUCUUCCAUCUCACACAAGGAAAUAAGACACAACUUCAGUUUCACAAGUAAUACUGGCUCCACCUUGGUGCUGGCAGUGUUUGGGGACAGACAUAAUGCUGGAAAGAGCUCCUGGCAUCAGCGGAAACACUAGCGGAUUCGAUUCCAUCUUUGCACUGUGGCUUACCUGCUGAUUUUCUUAACUGUUCUUGUGUAAUCAACAAUGUGCUGACCUGCUUUUCUUUUUGUAAACAUUUUGUUACAGGCUGCAUUCUUGCCUUACUGUAUAGAAAAAGGAAGAAGGCUGGGUUUAAUAUUGCACAUUUUAAGCUUUUAUACUUUUAUCUUGGAAUGGUCAACUUCUGGACCAGCUAGCCGGAACCACAGGUCUGCUGUUAAGGGAUUUUAAAUUGUGCAUUUUUAACACUAAGGUGAAAUAAUUUAAUGCUAUCACUUGUGUUCAUAGGAUGAGGGGCUAUUUUAUGUCCUGCUAGUGUAAGUUGUUUAGUAAAAGGAAAAGUGUUUCUAAAUGUGUAUGCUGACAUAAAGUUACUACUUUGCACUGGGUAGUCGGCCACAAAAAGAACACCUUGUAAGAGAAACCUUUAGAAGGCAUCUGUUUUACUCAAUUCUUCGUGGGUGGUUUCUAGAGUUGAAAGUGGCUGGGAUUCAAGAGGUCAUUGGAAGUGCUCACAGGGAAGCCUAGGCACAUUAUAUAAUGCUAUCAGCUCAAUGCUGUGUUUAAAAUUCACAUUUUAAAUCCCUCUUUACCAGACACUAAUGAAAAGGUACAUCUUUCUGGAUUAUAAACGUGGUAGUUCCAGAGUUUUGUAUAGUCAAUGUUAAAUAAAAGCCAAAACUGGAAUGUGCAGAAAAUAGGAUUUGGUUUAUUUGUGGAUUCUCCUUUUGUCUUUGUUUAACUUAAAGGAUUCCUGGAGUAGAUUGGUAUAUUCUGUUAAAGACUUAGAGCAAUCCAUUUGCUUACACUGUUGCAUCACAAGGGAUAUGCCCAGGGACCAUGACCUGCUGGUGUGUGUAUAUAUUUACAAAAACAAAACAAAUCACCCAUCGGGGUACAAGGUAGCAAUCAAACUAAAGACGACUUCGACUUGUGUAGGUGCAAUGCCCUGACUCCCAGUUACAGUGGGUCUUGUUUUUGUGACAGAAGGAUUUAUUCAGACUGCUGUACUCUUCGUUCGAUGUAACAAAAUGCUAUUAUCUAAAUAUUUGUAAAUAAAGUACCUGUAUCUAGAUUAAA